GGGUUAUGUGCUCCAGGCAGCCAUAUCUCGAUAUGAGCUCAUCAUGCUGAUUAAAGGGGGUACUUGGAGGUAGAACAUAGAUAAAGUACAAUUACAAUCCACAGCUUGUGAUCUAGAUAAAGUCACAGGCUCCCUGGGACGAUGAAAUAAGAUCGCCUAAUCCAUACCCCAUAGAGUAAAGCACGACAACACAAAGUGAUAUCCGCAAGAUGUCACCAUCAACCACGGCCUCCGCCACGAGCCUGGAUCAAUAUAGCGAACGAAAUGGACCUAUACUUGUGGAUCAUAGCGAUGCCACUCAAAGUAUGUCGUCCCUCGAAGCGGGAACAGGAACACAGGAGAAAGACUCCAUCACAGAGGUCCAAUGUCAAGCUGUGGAACCAACCACGGAGCUCCAGGACCAGACACUACGUCUCCCAUUCCCACGACUCAUAACCGCGUAUCUAUGUUUAGCCGCGAUAUACUUCAUAUCGAUCCUCGAUAUCAACUCUGUGGCCACGGCUCUGCCAUCUAUAUCGACUUCGUUACACGCCGGCAACACCAUCACCUGGACCGGCACCGCUUACGUAAUGGGACAAACGGCAUUCCAACCUCUAUACGGACGUCUAUCCGACAUAUUCGGGCGAAAGGUAGUUCUGAUGGCCUGUAUUGGAUUCCUCAUUGUCGGAGAUAUCCUCUGCGGCUUUGCCCAAAACGUCAUUUGGCUCUACGUAUGUCGCGCGCUAAGUGGUAUCGGUGGCGGCGGUAUUAGCUCGCUAGUGCAGAUUACCGCUAGCGACUUGGUCAGCUUGAAGGACCGCGGGAAAUAUCAAGGCAUAUUGAGCUCUGCCAUAGGCUUGGGCGCGAGUACCGGUCCCUUUAUCGCGGCGGGUAUCAUGAAAAACUCUCAAGACGGCUGGAGGUGGAUCUUUUGGGUUCCUCCAAUCCUUGCUACUGCUUGUAUGGCGGUGAUGUGGGUGUUCUUACCCCUGAAACCUGUGACGGGUAGUUGGUCGGAGAAGAUGCGAAAGAUAGACUGGUUCGGUUUAUUCACCGUAGUAACUGGUGUGCUGUUUCUUAUUAUACCUAUUAACUCAGGCGGAAGUAUAUUCCCCUGGAAUAACGCUGUCAUCAUCUCAUUGUUGGUGUUGGGAGGCACUUUCAUCGUCCUCUUCUGCGUGGCGGAAAUAUGGAUCGCCAAACUCCCGAUGAUACCAAUUCGUUUAUUCAAUCAGGUAUCCACGAGCGUUAUUUACCUGCAAAGCGCUCUGUAUAAUGGCGUGUGGCAAAUAGACCUAUACUUCUUGCCCAUGUAUUUCCAGGACGUCAGGGGUUACAGCCCAUUGCAAAACGCAAUACUAAUGUUGCCUCUUCUUCUCACCCAAAGCGUCGCUGGUGUGGUAGCGGGACAAAUUACGUCUAGACUUGCUAGGCCUGGCCCCGUAAUUUAUGGCGGAUUAGCGCUGUGGCUGUUAGGUGCGGGCUUGAAGGUGCUCUUUUCGCGGACAACUCCAAUUGGCGUUUACGUGGUAGCAUUGAUCAUCGAGGGUGCCGGCGUCGGAUUCAUUCUUCAGCCAGCUCUCGUCGCUUUGCAGGCCUUAUCCAGACCAGAGGAUCGCGCCGUUGCUACAUCAACGCGAAACUUGAUGCGCAUGCUCGGGUCAGUUUUUAGCUUGGCUAUCGCAACUACUGUCCAAUUCGAGUUUAUGAAGUCGGGUUUGUCUGAUGAUAUCCCAUCGGAUCUUCGGUCUCGCGUAGUCCAGGGAUUAUGGCGAAAGAGUGAUCCUGGAUUUGAAAUGUGGGAGUCUCACAUAUUAGACGCAAAGUUCAGGGGAGUGCAUGCCGUGUUUAUUAUGAUGGUUCCGAUGAUGGCCGUAUGUCUACUAGGCUGUCUGUUUAUCCCGAAUGUACGAUUACAUGGAGAUCCAAAAACGAAUGACGAGAAGGGAAAACAGGGACAAAAUUGA